AUGACACUAAGGUAUAGGCGGUUACGUCCAGAGGCCAUAAAGGAGCACGGCUCUCUCAACACCGACGGGAAGAGCAGCGUCUCGUACGGCGUACUCUUCGAUAAGACCGCCAACACCCUCGAAGCAUUGAACGGAACGUUGCGUGCGGCAAAGCGCCAGAAGAAGAUUGCCUUUGAUGGUGAGCUGCUGAUGAUGCCUAGGGAUAAGGAUGUACAAGUUAUAUUACUAGAGGCGUAG